GGCCGUGACGGUGUUAUCGUCCCAGGGCGAGCCCGCGGGGUGCAGCGAGGCGCUGGGAAGAUGCUCGAGGUCCUGGUGCUGAAGAUUGAAGAUCCAGGUUGCUUCUGGGUUAUUAUAAAAGGGAAUAGUACCUUUUUAGAUCAUGAAAUUGACUACCAAAAACUAAAUAGCGCCAUGAAUGACUUCUAUAAUAGCACGCGUCAAGACAUAGAAAUAAAACCAUUAAUGUUGGAAGAAGGGCAGGUUUGUGUGGUUUAUUGUCAGGAACUCAAGUGCUGGUGCAGGGCUGUCAUUAAGUCAAUCGUGUGUUCAGCAGAUCAUUACCUGGCAGAGUGUUUCCUUGUGGAUUUUGCCAAGUACAUUCCAGUGAAAUCAAAAAACAUCCGAGUUGCAGUAGAAACUUUUAUGCAGCUUCCCUACAGAGCGAAAAAAUUCAGACUGUAUUGUACAAAACCUGUUACAUUACACUUUGACUUUUGUGAAGACAGUGCUAAAAUUGUACCCGCCAAGAAGUGGGACACUGCAGCUAUUCAGUACUUUCAGAACAUCCUGAAAGCAACUACCCAGGUGGAAGCCAAAUUAUGUGCUGUAGAAGAUGAUACUUUUGAGGUUUAUCUUUAUGUAACUAUAAAAAAUGAAAAAGUUUGUGUUAAUGAUGAUCUGGUUGCAAAGAACUUCGCUUGUUAUGUAUCACCCAUGGAGAAUAAAAACCUUGAUUCUUUAGAGAAACCAAGAUUGAGUAUAAAGUCAGCAUCCUUUCCCAAUAAACUCAAUCCAGCACUUAGUCUUUGGCCAAUGUUUUUGCAAGGAAAGGAUUCUCAAGGAAUGGAAAAGUCACAUGGUUUAACUUUUCUGGCGCAGUCUCUCCAGCAUUCGCGGCCCAAGCGUGUUGUGAGUGAUCCAGGGCCAACAGCUACUAUCCUGGAUAAAACUAUGAAAUGUAAAGUGGAUUCGUUGCCUGGUUCACCUAAAAAUAUAUCUGAAAAGAAACAACAGUGCAUCUCUUUAAAAGAUGUAAAUAAGUGUGUUGAAUCUUCAGUGUAUUGGCCAACAAAAAGAGGCAUAACCAUAUAUGCUGAUCCAGAUAUACCAGCAGACAGUGCUUUACGUCAGAAGUCAAAUGAGAAACCACUCAGAUUGGCUGAGAAGAAAGAAUACAAUGAGAAGAAUGGCUGUGUAAAAUUAUUGCAGUUUUUAAAUCCUGAUCCUUUGAGAGCUGAUGGAAUCUCUGAUCUGCAACAGUUGCAGAAGCUGAAGGCGGGCGCGCAGCAGGCCUCUGCGGUGCUCCGGAACAAGAUUGAGCCUUGCUUGUCCAUCGACACGGCGCCGCUUUCGGCAGACCUGAAAAAGGCUCUUCAAAGAAAUAAGUUUCUGGGACCUAGCCACACUGAAUCUUACUCUUGGCCUCCCAUAGCACGUGGCUGUGAUGUGGUUGUCAUUUCUCAGUGUGGAAAUGACCCUUUGUUGUACCUUCCACCAGUGCUUACGCUUUUGCAAACAGGGGGCUGCUACAAGUCAUUACCAAGUAGAAACGGACCUCUGGCAGUCAUCGUGUGUCCUGGGUGGAAAAAGGCCCAAUUUAUUUUUGAGUUAUUGGGAGUCUAUGGCGUGUCCUCCAGGCCUCUUCAUCCUAUGUUAUUAACAAUUGGACUCCACAAAGAUGAAGCCAAAAAUAUGAAGCUUCCAAGGGGGUUUGGAGUUCAUUGGAACAGACAUAUACAGCAUUUAAUCAAAGAGUUCAUGAAUGACCCCUACAUCGUGAUCACUGCCAUGGAAGAGGCUGCUCUCUACGGUGGUGUCCAACAGAUUGAUCUCAGAGAUGACCCCUCUCCGAUUGAGAAACUUGCCAAGAACAAACAGAAACCUAUCACUCCAGAGACUGCUGAAAAGCUGGCCCGUGACCUGAAGGCUGUCAAGUAUGUGGCGUGUUCUGCACUCACACAGAAAGGCCUAAAGAAUGUAUUUGACGAAGCAGUAUUGGCUGCCCUGGAGCCUCCAGAACUGAAGAAGAGCCGCAGCUUUCCUUCCUCACCAAAAAUUUUUGGUGGUCGCCUAUAUUGCAUGUCUGAUCAUUUUCAGAGUUUAACUGAACAGGGUUCUCUUGCAAAACAGGGAGGUAAAAAGGCCAAAUCUGUCUUGCUGUUGACGGAGAGAAGUUCAUGCCAUGCUGUGGGUGUUUUGCGAUACUUGGAAAGAGCAGAUGCCAAGAUUCCAUCGGAGCUGUAUCAGUUUACUGCAGGCGUUCUAGAAGCCAAGGAGGACAAGAAAGCCGGAAGGCCUCUCUGUCCGUAUCUGAAGGCUUUCGGAUUUUGCAAAGACAAAAGGAUUUGUCCUGAUCGACACCAUAUUAAUCCAGAAAUAGACAAUCCAAGAAAAUUAUCCAACCAGGCUAUACCAUUGUUUGGAUACAUUAAAAUAAUACCCUUUUACAUUUUGAAUGCAACAAAUUACUUUGGUCGUAUAGUUGAUAAACACGUGGAUCUUUAUGCAACUCUUAAUGCUGAAAUGAAGCAGUAUUUUGAGGAUUCCAGUAAUAAAACAACCAUUGAAAAGGUGGAGAAAUUUGGAUUAUAUGGAUUAGCAGAGAAAACACUUUUUCACAGAGUUCAGGUGUUGGAGGUGAGCCAAAAAGCAGACACGUCGGCCCUCGAUACUGUCCUUGUGAAGUUUAUAGAUGAAGGCAGGACUGGACCCGUCCCCAGAGAUCAGCUGCUGCAUCUCCCAGAAAACUUCCAGGCUCUGCCCCCCCAAGCCAUGGAGUUCAUUGUUUGUAGAGUGAAACCUGCUGACAAUGAAAUUGAAUGGAAUCCAAAAGUCACGAGGUACAUUCAUCAUAAAGUCACUGGAAAACUGCAUGAUGCCAAAGUGGUAUUUGCUUUAGGAAAUACAGUUUGGAUUGAUCCAAUGGUGCACAUUACAAAACUUUUAAAUUUGAAAACUUCUGUCAUUGAUUACAAUGUUCGAGCUGAAAUUUUGUCAAUGGGAAUGGGCAUUGAUAAUCCAGAACAUAUAGAACAACUGAAAAAAUUGUACGAAGGAGCUAAAAUACAAACUGUUGAAGAAAGCCGAAGCCAAACACUGGUGCCGUCGUCUACAGAAGAGGCUGCCUGUCUGCAGAGCACACGGCCAGAGGACGGGGCUUUGGAAAGAGGUGCCGACUCCGGAACGAACUCAGGAAACCGGAAGCAUGAAGCUUCACCUGGAAACACUGGAGAUGCUUCUGUGAACAGAACUAUGGAGCCUCUGCAAAGCUUCCACCCACCAAUAAAAUGGUUCCAAAAAGACGAUGUGGUCAUAUUGAAGAUAAGAAUAAGGAAUGUAAAAGAUUACAAGUGCAAAUAUUUUAGAGAUAGAGUCAUUUUCAGUGCCUGGGUAGGAGAAAAAUUUUACUUGGCUGAUUUGGAGUUGCAGGCCAACAUAAUAAAGGACGAUUGCAAGUGCAUAAUUAAAAAUGAGGAACCUAUAAUCACUCUUGCAAAAGAGAGAAGGGAAUCUUGGUGUAGCUUACUCAGACAGAAGAAUCCUAAUGUGGCUUUCGAUUUUGAUCACUGGGAAGAAUGUGAAGAGGAGAGCCAUUUCUCCAAGGUUGUAACAUCUAAAAACCUGUCCUGCAAAGUGGCAGAGGUGAUGGAGAGCAGUGACCAGACUUCAGAGGAUGAGGAGACCGAGAGCGACUGAGCGUGUGGGCCCGAUCCUGAGGCGGACAGGGGGUCACCGAGUGACUGGACGUUAGAGAACAGCAGUCACCUUCAAACCUUUUUAUUACUAGGGGUCAUCUGGUGGCACUGGGAUUGGUAAUGGUGAGAAAUUCUGAAUCUAUUUAAAAAUGGGCUGAGGCCCAGGCCUGGUAGCUCAGUUGGUUAGAGCGUCGUCCCUAUAUGCCA